UCUUAAACUUCACAAAGCCCAUCAAUUGAUCCAAGGCCAGAUAGCAACAACCCCCAAAACCAUGAGAACCAACCUCCUCCUUGUGGCCAUUGCCACCAUCGUCCAUGUCGUUGCUACGCCAACCACGGCAAUCCCCGGGGGCUGGUUUAAGAUCAAGAACAUCGCUGACCCGCACAUCCAGGAGCUUGGCAAGUGGGCAGUAUUGGAGCACACCCAACUAGGGGGCAAUGAUGGGCUCAGGUUUGUGAAGGUGGUGAGCAGCGAGGAGCAGAUUGUGAAUGGUGUAAACUAUCGGCUUGUCAUUGAUGCCUUGAGGCUCGAUGGCUCACACGGUACAUACAAGGCAGUGUUGUUCGAGAAGGACUCGAGUAACCCAAAGACACGGAAGUUCAUAUCUUUCACCCCUGCAAAUUGACGGUUGCCGAUCUGAUGAUAUUUAGACUAGCCGUAUUAUUUUGAAUGUAAUAAGAAAUGUCAAGGAAUUGAUGUUCUA